AUGAACAAUCACACCUCGGUGACCAGAUUCCUGCUCCUGGGUUUCUCAGAGGUCCGGGAGCUGCAGCUGGUCCACACUGCACUGGUCCUCCUGGUCUACCUGGCGGCCCUGACAAGAAAUCUCCUCGUUGUCACCAUCACCACUCUCGACCGGCACCUCCACACCCCCAUGUACUUCUUCCUCAGGAACCUGUCCAUCCUCGACCUCUGCCUCAUCUCUGUCACCGUUCCCAAGUCCAUCCUCAACUCUAUGUCCCAAAACAGAUCCAUCUCCUUCCUGGGCUGUGUCUUCCAGGUCUUGCUAGUGAUUCUGUUUGCUGCCUCAGAGAUGUUUGUCUUCACGGUGAUGCCCUAUGACCGCUACGUGGCCAUCUGCAGCCCCCUGCGCAACGAGGUCGUCAUGGGCCGAGGGGCCUGUGUAAAGAUGGUGGUCACCUCAUGGUUCAGUGGGGGGCUGCUUGGGGUUGUGUUCUCCACUGGGGUAUCCUCCCUGCCUUUCUGUGAUUCCCAUGAGGUCCAACAGUUUUUCUGUGACAUACACUCCUUACUGAAGAUCUCUUGUUCUGAGAAACAUGUGGCCGAAGACAUAAGCAUUGCCAUGAGGGCCGCCUCCGGUUUCUUCUCCUUUGGAUUCGUAGUCCUUUCUUACAUUCACAUCUUCUUGGCUGUGCUAAGGAUGCCAUCGUCAGAUGGGCGGUCCAAAGCUUUCUCCACCUGCCUGCCCCGCCUGGUCGUUUUCACUCUUUUUAUCACUACAGGCUCCUUUGCCUACUUAACACCUCCCUCUGCCUCCCCAUCAACGCUGGACCUGCUGGUGUCCGUGUUCUACAUGGUGGUGCCCCCAAACCUGAAACCCCUCAUCUACAGCCUGAGAAACUGGGACAUGAAGGCCACCCUGGGCAGGGUCCUGGGUUCAGCAUAA